UAUUGUGAACUGGCAGUAAACUGGGCUUGGUCUAUCCGACGCCAUAUUAGGAAUACAAACUGAAACAGCGCCGCUAUAUUUUAAGACAACCAACGUCUGUGACUAAUGUUUUGUGAAAGUAGAAGAAGUGAUAUUAGCCCUGUAUCUGCUGUUUGUUUUCCAAAGAAUGCAUAUGUCUGCAAGAAGCUUGUGGAAACACGACCUGUACAAGAACUGAGUCUUGAAGAAUCUUGAACUACUGUCGCCUUUUCUCUGUUUUCUACGAAAUCCCUCCAUAUUGUUUACUGUUAAGGCACACAUCAACCAACAUCACAGCAUGAGAAGCUUCUGAAGGUUGUGCUGUAAACAGCACAGUACUAAUGACAUGCAAGAAAUGUUACAUUGACUGAAUAGAUCUAGACUGUGACUAUGUUCGCUUUAAGGAUCAUUAUUCUUAUUACACUUAUUGUUCCUCUUAACUAUAAACUUUGUUCUUGUCAGUGUGCCCGUGCUGAAUAUGAGAUACACAAGCAAUGCUGCCCAAUGUGUGCCCCUGGAAACCGUGUUCAUUGGCAUUGCACAGAUGACACCAGCACAACUUGUGUUCCAUGCCCUUCAUUAACUUUCACUGAUGAACCAAAUGGCCUCACGGAAUGCUUUCCUUGUACUGUAUGUGAUGCAAACCGUGGUUUAAGAGUGAAUAAAGUAUGCACUCGGUCAUCAGAUACUGUUUGUGGGCCACUAGAGAGAUUCUACUGCAUUGAAAAAAAGAAAGGCUGCUGUACUUUAGCUGUGCAACAUUCGGAAUGUAGCCCUGGACAAUAUAUCAAACAAGCAGGUACUGGCUCCACAGAUACUAUAUGUGCUGACUGUACAGGUGACACAUAUUCAAACGGAUCUUUCUCAUCCUGUUUACCACACACAAUAUGUGAAGCCCUGAGACUUACUGAAAUAAAUCCAGGAACACAUUCAUCUGACACCAAAUGUGGAAAUCCGUCUACAGCUGUAGCAAUAAUUACCCCUAGUGUGAUAGUUACUUUAAUAUUAAUUCCAGUAAUAAUUGUUUUCAUAUUUAAACACAUUCGGAAGAAGAAGCAAUCAAAAAGUUCAGGUAAGUGUUAAUUCAGUUAUUUUUUGUAGUAUGAGAUCUAUAGUUGUUUUUUUCUAUAAUGGAAUUUUCUAUGAAAAUUCAACAAUCAAUUCAGGCUGGGACACUUUGAUAAUCAUUCAUAUACACUGUAUAUUGCUACACUUAAAAAUGAUGGUGCUGUAGAGAGGAUUUUACACAGAUUUAUUAU